AUGAGCUCGAGAUGUCUCAACGACGAAUCCCUCGGGCCUAGCGUCCAAGGCUGCCGCGGCGAUUUCGACUUCACUCUUCGGUUUGAGAGAAUUUUCUUGGCCAUCAUUCCCGCGGCCGUUUUUGCCGCUCUUUCACUUCCCCGAAUCGCCUAUCUGUGCCGCAAACCGCGCAUCGUCGGUGCCAAAUCAAUUCAAACAAUUAAACUGGCUAUUAUCACAGUCUUUGCAACACUCCAGUUCGCUAUUCUCAUCCUUCAGACAACGUCCAAUGGCUCGCGCAUCAAUGGGUUGGCCGCCACGGCAUCAGCUCUCAGUUUUCUCGCGGCUCUAUUCAUGGUUGGAUUGUCGUAUGCCGAGCACUCCAGAGCACCUAGACCCUCGUUGCUUUUGACCGGUUACGUCUUUCUCCAAGUCCUAUUUGACCUUGCCCAAACAAGAACGUCAUGGUUGAUGGCCAUGACUUUCUCAACCCAACUGUUUGCAAGACUAUUCACGGCUUCGCUAGUCAUCAAGAUCGUCAUCCUCUUCGUCGAGGCCCAGAGAAAGUCACGAUGGAUCCGCUGGACCGCCGAGGAACACAGCCCAGAGGAGACAAGCGGCCUCUUCAGCUUAGGCGUCUAUUGGUGGCUCAACCGUCUUUUCCUCCACGGAUAUCGCAACGUUUUGAAGAUUAGCGACUUGUAUGCUCUUGACCGGGGUAUGAUAGCCGAGACGAUGCAAGUCACUCUAGCUCAUGAACUUGACAAGGGAAAGAAUCGAGGCAGAAAUCACGGGCUCGCAAGAGAUUUAGCCAAGGCCCUGGCCGUCCCUCUGCUCUUGCCGGUCGCCCCUAGAGUUGCUCUUAUUGGGUUCAGCUUCAGCCAACCAUUCUUCAUCCAAACUCUUCUCGAGUACCUUCAAGACGACAACGCGUCAAAGAACAUGGGCUACGGGCUCAUCGGUGCUGCUGUGUUGAUCUAUACAGGAAUCGCCGUCUCCACGGCCCUGUAUUACUACUUCCAGCAGCGGGCCUUGUACAUGUCCCGGGGCUGCCUAUCGGCAGUCAUUUACAAGAAGACCACCGAAGCCGCACUCGUGGACACCGGAGAUGCAGCAGCAGUGACACUCAUGAGCACCGACACUGAGCGCAUCAUUCGUGGGUUUUACAGUCUCCACGAACUCUGGGCCAACGUUAUUGAGGUCGCACUCGGAUGCUGGCUACUACGGGGCCAGCUCGGCACAGCCUUCAUCGCGCCUAUCGUCGUCAUCCUGGUAUGCAGCGGCGUCACCGCGGCCGUGGCCAAGUUCACCGGCGAGCGUCAGUCUCGCUGGAUGGCUCAGAUCCAAAGGCGCGUUGGGCUCACUGCAAACGUCAUCUCCAACAUGAAGUACCUGCGAAUCUCUGGCAUCACGCAGCCUGUCGCCGAGUUCGUCCAGAAUAUGCGCAUUGACGAGAUGCGCAUUGGUAAUCAGUUCCGCUGGUUGAUAAUCAUCACUGCGAUUGCUGCACUGGCCCCCAAUAUGGUAUCUCCUGCCAUCACGUUCGUCUUCGCCCAAUCACGCCUUGAUACUACGACCAUCUUCACGUCUUUCUCAUUCUUGGUCCUUCUCAACAACCCCUUGGGUCAGCUUUUCCAAUCUAUUCCGUCCAUCAUUGCCGCAUUCACCUGUCUUAAUCGGAUUCAGAAGUACCUCGAAGGAGAUUCACGCGUCGACUUCCGGCAGUCCGCCCAACCUUCAGCAUUUCGGGAGAGGCCGUCCGAUGAGAGCCCUUUUCGAGACAACUCGGAUGGUAUUUCUCUGGAAACCCUCUCGGCUAGGAAAAGUCCCGAAGAUGACAGCGCCAGACCUGCGAUUUCCAUUGUCGAUGGCAGCUUUGGCUGGACGGCCGAUAAGAUGAUUCUCCAGAACAUCACUGCCUCCAUUCCAGCUUCUCAGCUUACCCUCGUCGUCGGGCCUGUAGCAUCAGGAAAGUCCACCCUGUGCAAGGUUCUCCUAGGUGAAGUACCAUUCAACACCGGUCUGGUCUCCGUACCAUCACGCAAUGCUGCCAUCGGAUACUGCGAGCAGAACCCGUUCUUGUCAAACGGCUCCAUCAAAGACAACAUCGUUGGAUGGUCAACCUUCAACCAAGCCAGAUACGAUGAGAUUAUCGACGCAUGUAUGCUUCACACGGACCUUCUCCUUCUCCCAUACGGCGACGAUACGAAGAUUGGAAGCAACGGAAUCAUGCUCAGCGGUGGCCAGAAGCAGCGCGUGUCGCUAGCUCGUGCACUGUACUUGAACAGCAAUCUCUUGAUUUUCGACGAUAUCCUGAGUGGACUUGACAACGACACGGCGUCCGAAGUCUUUCGAAGGGUGUUUGGGCUCGACGGAAUCAUUCGGCGACGGAAAUCAACAGCAGUACUGUGCACACAUGCGAUUAAGUAUCUGCCGCUGGCAGACCACAUCAUCGCCCUCGGGGCCAAUGGCAAUCUUGUCGAGGAGGGUACUUUUGCCGACUUGAUGCGGAAUCAGAAGUAUGUCGCUGGCCUUGGGGUGAAGGCCACAGACUCUGAUACCGACUCCGACUUUGGGUCCGAAACCUCCAACAAGACUACCGCUGGCCAAGCACGGAAAGCGAAACGUGCUCCGGCCGUUGCCGACGAGAUGAUGGAGAAGUCGAGACAAACGGGAGACGUGAAGGUCUAUGUUCACUACUUCCAUAGUCUGAGCUUGACGUCAACCGUCAUAUUCAUUCUCUUUUCCGCGUCCUAUGCCUUGUGGGACAACUUUCCCACAAUCUGGAUGAAGUACUGGGCUGAAGAUACUCUUGGCAAAAGCAGUCAGUACUACGUUGGACUAUAUGGCCUCUUCAAGGCGCUGCAGCUCAUCUCCCUCAUGGUCUCCGGUGUUGCUUUGAUCAUCUACAUGACGACGUCCUCCGGCACUAUUCUUCACCACCAAGCCCUGAAAACAGUUGUCCACGCGCCUCUUGCAUUCUUUACCACCACAGACUCAGGUGUCAUCACCAACCUCUUCUCCCAGGACAUGACACUUAUCGACAACGAGCUACCAACGGCCCUACUGAAUGCUGUUAUUGCCUUUUUCCAGUCGUUUGGCAUGGGAGCUGUAAUCGCCGUUGCAUCACCCUACAUGGCUAUUAGUUACCCUUUCAUGAUUGCGUUUUGUUGGAUCAUCCAAAAGUUCUAUCUCAGGACUUCUCGCCAACUGAGGCUCCUGGAUUUGGAGUCUAAAAGUCCACUUUAUACGCAUUUCCUCGACACAAUCAAAGGCGUCGCUACGAUACGAGCCUUCGGCUGGGCACACAAAGAUAUCGCUCGCAACCAGCACAUGCUGGAUACCUCUCAACGCCCGGCGUAUCUUCUCGCCAUGAUCCAGCAAUGGCUCGUCGUAACGAUGCAGCUCAUGGUGGCCGGUAUUGCCGUCAUUCUUGUGGCACUUGCCACCCAGCUCAGGGCCAACUCAGGCUUUACUGGCGCCUCCCUCGUCACUCUCAUGUCGUGGGGCGACAACCUUUCAGCACUUGUCCGGUUCUAUACCCAGCUUGAGACGUCGAUUGGCGCUGUUGCCCGUAUAAAGACCUUUUCCGAGAAAGUAAUUCCAGAAGACCUAGAGGGUGAGGAUAUCGAACCGCCGGAGGAGUGGCCCGAGACCGGGCGCAUUGAGAUCAACGGGAUCUCCGCUUCAUACAGCAAUGAACAUCAAGUAUCAUCGGAUGGCGAAACAACACCUCCGCAUCUCGCGCUGAAAGAUGUCACCUUCUCCAUUAAACCUGGUCAAAAGGUCGCCUUAUGCGGCAGGACCGGCAGCGGCAAAUCGUCUCUCAUUCUCCUUCUCCUUCGGCUCCUGGACCCCAUCUCGUCCUCCCCGAAGAACAUCGAGAUGGACGGCAUCCCUUUCCACCGCAUCAACCGCUCGAUUCUCCGCCGUCGCAUCAUCUCCGUGCCCCAAGACGCUGUCUUCCUCCCCGAUGGCAGCACCAUCAAGUCGAACAUCGAUCCCUUCAAUGCAGCCUCGGACGCCGAAUGCUUCUCCGUCCUCCGCGCCGUGCAACUUGGCACCUUUGUCGAGGAGCGCGGCGGCCUUAACGAGGCUAUGAGCGCCGACGGCCUCAGCGCUGGACAGAAGCAGCUCUUCAGCCUCGGGCGAGCGAUCCUGCGCCGCAGGGUCAAGGAUGCCAAGUUCAAGAGGCGUGGCGGCGGGAUUUUGUUGUUGGACGAGGUGAGCUCCAGCGUCGACCACGCGACGGACAGGUUGAUGCAGGAGAUCAUCAAGGAGGAGUUUGGAUUGUACACGAUUGUCAUGGUAUCGCACCGCUUGGACAUGGUGAUGGACUUUUUCGACGCGGUGAUUGUCAUGGAUCAGGGCCGCGUCAUUGAGACGGGGAGCCCGCGGGAGCUGGUGGAGACGGAGGGGAGCCGGUUUGGCGAGUUGUGGGCGAUUGAGAACCAGGGGAGGUCGAGGGAUUCAUGA